AGAAGGCAGCAGCGAGCACUCUCACUCUCCUGUCUCUUGAUUUUCUGCAACUCAUCCCUCUGCUGCGACUGGCGCUCCUAGACACACAGACUAGCAGAGGACGAGACGGGGGAAGCAGCAGAAGCAGCAGCAGCAGCAGCACCUGCUUAACCCUCCUCCACCAACUCCCUCCCUCCCUGCCAGGCCCAGGACCUCAUCUCUGCUGCCGUUGCCUCCACCACCGCUGCCAUCAUGUGCGACUGUUUCCAUCUGGCCUUCCCCAACUGGCACGCCGCCUCCUCAGAGACGGGAGGCGGUCGGAGGCUGAGAGGAGCAGAGCCUGUACCAGAGGACAACUCAAUAUGUGACGAGCCAUCUCAGUUCACUGAGGGAGAGAGACCACGUCCUCAAGGAUCGUCGCCCGUCGAGGAGUAUCCUGAAAUGGACAAAUACACAGACAGUGACAAAGAGUGUGAAGCGGAGCAUGACCCACAUCGCAAAGGUGGGAGCGGAAAGAAAAGUAAAAAGUCUGGGCUUGGGUCCAUGUUUGAAAAGCGCUCGACAUCAAAGACACACAAACUGAAGGAAGCUCACAGCCCUGAGUCUGAGGUGAUCGUGAAAACAGCCCAAGAUGGAUGCGCAGAGGGUCUCAUUUACGGUGGAGGGGGGAGAGAAGGGCUCUUUAUUAAGGAAGUGGUACCAGAGUCCCCGGCCUCAAGAAGUCUCAAACUGAAAGAAGGUGAUCAGGUUCUGAGUGCCACUGUAUAUUUUGACAACGUUCCAUAUGAGGACGCCAUUCAGAUUCUGGAGCACGCUCAAGCGUACAAAGUGAAGCUCUGCUUGAAACGCAAACCAGACGUCCCAGAGACCAAACCCAUCAUGGAAUCUGAUGUCAUCCCCGAGGAUGACACGUAUACUCCAGAGAUGAGGGAGCAUGGAAAAACCAAAAGGCGUAGUGAUGCCCGCAUUUCAUGGCCCAAGUUUCACACCCUAGGAAGGAAGUCCCACUUUACGAGGUCUCACAGUUCCUCAGAGGCCGACGAGCAGAGAAAGCUUGAGCUUAGUCCCCCCACAAGUGACACAGAGUCUCCGAUAAAAUCCCAGGAUGCUGUCAAAGACAAAAAGAGGAAUAAAAUGAAGCUUUCUUUUCUGAAAAAGAGAGGCCGUGUAGGUUCAUCUGAAGAUCUAGACACAGACACGGUGACAACUGGGCAGAUCAGUGGCAAAAUGCUUUCACCUGAGUGCCCUGAAAGCUCCUCUGGAGAAACCCCUGAAGUCUAUGUGACAGCUUCGGAAGACUUGCAAAAUGAACAACAACUGACACACAAGAUGGAGCUCAUAACUAUUGAUAGCACUUUGAAAACAGAAGAUCUAACUGUGGCUCUGGCAGAUCAAGAAAGCCCCUUUGGUGCAAAGUCUCCUGAGGGUAAGAAAAAGAAGAAAGAAAGAUCUGAAUUAAAAAUGAAAAUUUUGGGGAAGGAUAAAUCACACAAGAAAGAAGCAAAAGCAAAAGCCUCACCAAAGAGGUUGAAAACACUGGGGGCAAGUAUCGAAAUAGCAGAUCAACCUGAAAAUGAAAAGUCAAAUGUAAGUGUUGAGACACACAAAGAGCUAAAAGGAGAUGAACAAGGACCUGGCGCCAUUUCAGCCAAACCAGUGACAACACAAACGGACACCAGCUUGCCAAAGGUGGAACUUGAAAUAGCUGAUGUUGCAUUGGUGAAAAAGUCUCCAAAGAAAGGAGAAGCAAAAACAAAGAAAGACAAGGACAAUAAACAAAAACAAGAAACCAAGACAUUCAAACUGCCAAAAAUAGGCUUUGGUGACAUUGCCAUGGAGGGAGAUAUUAAAAAAACAAAUGUAACUGUUGAGGACUGCACAACUAAAAUAGAGCCUCUUACAAGUUAUGGUACAGAAGUGAAAGAGGACCCUUACGAACGUCUGUCAAAAAGCAGUCUUUCCAAAACACAACUUCCCAAACGUGAAGACAUUGAGAUUCCUGGUAUGGAGGACUUGUCUAGGAAGACCGCAGCCAGAGGAAUAAAAGAACCCAAAGUGGUUUAUACGGGACAUUAUGAUGAAAUUUCAUCUGAAACUAUGCCAAUGUCAAUUGAUGUUGACAGUGUUAAAGAGGCAGUUUCGAAAUUGCCUGGAUUUAAGCUGCCUAAGGUUGACACAUCUGGUGUGCCUAUUCCUGAAGAAAUAACUGUGAUAGACGCCAAUGCACAAAGAAUAUCAGUCAAAACACCUACAAAAGUUGUAGACAACAAAUCAAAACAUGAGACACACUUUACUAGGUUUGACACAACAGCCUCUACAAGCAUCUCCAAGACCACAGUCAAACUACCAAAGGUCGCACCUGAUGGGUUAGCCUCAGAGGUACUUCUAAUUGAAACCAAGGUGGAAAAGAAAGACAAACCCCAGAAACUGAGCGACAAAGAGAUUAAAACUGAGGUUUAUAAACGAGAAGAUAUAAUAAUACCUGGAAAGGAAAGUGCAGAUGAAGAAGCUGUAGCUCUGGGAAGCGAUGAUAAGAGAUCAAAGAAGGCAAAGAAAACAACACCUGGCUUAGGGAUUGCAAUGCCAGAUAUAAAAAUCCCUCACAUUGGAUUUGACUUUGGAAAACAAACUCUAAAUCAGGAAAAAGAUGACAACAUCAAAGAAGAAAGGACUAUAUUCCUCCCAGAAGUACAAACGUCAAAAACUGAAACAAAGAAAGCAAUGGGGCACAUUGGAGGAGCCAUAUCGGAUGUGAAGGUACCUGAAAUCGAUGGGAUUGAAUACAUUGAUUCAGUAAGUGGUUCACCAGUUGAAAAGAAUGGUGGCAUUGGACUUACAGGUUUUGGCGUUAAUCUUGAGGCUUCAAAGCCAAAUGCUGACAUCUCCUUUCCAGAGAUAAAACGUGAAGCGUAUGCUGACGCUAAGGAGCACACAUCAAUGGACAUAAACAUUGAUGCAGGGAUAAAAACGAUUGAACAGGAGGGACAGGGUAGCAAGUUCAAAAUCCAAAAUCUUGGCCUCUCCAUGCCAAAGGUGAAAGGCCUUCCAAUGAAUACAGGACUAUCAGAAAAAGGUGUAGAUGUUACACUAACAGGAGCUAAAGCAGAGGCUGAACACCAAGAAAUUCCUCGGGUUGAAGUAACUCUUGGGGGCAUAGAUGUUUCGAUUCAAGAGGAAAAGCUGGAUGUUGAAAAAUCUGAGCUUGAAAUCAAAACUCAGCAGACGGAUCUUAAACUGAAUGGACAAGGAAGAAAGAUCAUGAUGCCAGAGUUAGGAAUUAAAAUGCCAAAAUUGAAGGGGCCUCAAUUCGACUUAAGCCUAUCAAAGAAAGGUGUCGAUGUCAAACUACCAGAGACCAAUGCUGAGGUCAAACUCGUAGAUGCUCCAGAGAUUGAUGUUACGCUUGGUAACGUAGAGAUUUCUAUUCCAGAGCCUGACUUGGAAAUCAAACCUCUACAAACUGAAGGUGAACUUGACAGACACGGAGGCAAGAUAAAAAUGCCAAAGAUUGGAAUCACAAUGCCAAAAUUAGAAGGGCCUGACAUUGAUUUCAGACUCCCUGAUGCUGAACUAAAAUCACCCUCUGCUAAAGUGGACAUUAAAGUUUCAAAAAGCAAAUCUGUUGAAAAGAAUAUGGAAGGAUCAACAUCCAAAUUUAAAAUGCCAUCUCUCAAACUACCCAAAUUUGGAGGUGCUACUCAAAAUGCAGGUGUUGAAAUAUCUAAAAAGAACAAAGGUAUUCCAAUUCCUGAAACACAACUGAAACCACUUGAGGAAGGUGCAGUUGACAUUACAGCACCAAGCGUUGACAUUGAGGGCCCAUCUCUUGAUGUGAAGAAGACACAAGCUGAACUUGAUGGAAAAGGACACAAAUUCAAAAUGCCCAAAUUUGGAGCCUCAGUGCCAAAACUUAAAGGUCCCGAAAUUGAUUUAAGCUUUUCACAAAGAGAGGUUGGUUUACCUGAAGCUAAAGCAGAAGUCAAACUCCCUGAAGUUGAAUGUACAGAUCCUGAUAUUAAAGUUGAGAUCAAAGCUCCAGAGAUUGAAGUUCAACAACAGGAUUUUGAAGGAUCACCAUCAAGAUUUAAGAUGCCAACAUUCAAACUACCAAAAUUUGGGUUUGAUAUGACACAUGUAUCUGUGGAAGAACGUGAUAUGGACAAAGAUAUGAAAAUUGAAGGACCUGACCUUAAUAUUCAAGCAAAAGGGUUGGCAGUUAAUAUUGCAGCACCCGACAUUGACACAGAAGGACCUUCAAUAGAUAUGCAAUCAACUGGAGCUAAACUAGAUGGAAAGGGAACCAAGUUUAAAAUGCCUCAUCUUGGUUUAUCCAUGCCAAAAGCAAAAGGGCCGAAACUUGAUUUCAACCUGUCAAGGAAAGACACUGAUGUCUCAUUACCAGUGGCGGAGGUGGAUGUUAAACUUCCAGAGGUUGAUUUCGAAGCAGCAGAUGUGCCAUUUCCAGAGAGAAUGGAAAUUCCAGAUGCUAAAGUUGAAGUCAAACUUCCAGAAACCACUCAAAUAAAUGUGGACAUGAAACCACCAGAGUUUGAAACAGAUGGAUCUUCUCUGGAGUUUAAAAUACCAACGUUUGGAAUCCAUUUGCCAAAAGUAAAAGGACCAGAAGUUGACUUAAGCUUAUCAAAGAAAGAUGUAGAUAUGGCAUUACCACAGACAAAAGUCGAGGUCAAACUUCAAGAUGCGCCCAAAUUUGAUGUCAGUCUUGGAAAAGCAGAAGUGACAAUGCCAGAGGCUAUGGUGAAAGUGAAACAACCUGAAGUGGAACUCAAACCUUUGGAGACUGAUAUUGAACUUGAAAGGAAAGGUGGUAAGUUCAAAAUGCCUAAGUUUGGUAUCACAAUGCCAAAAGUUAAAGGGCCUGAAAUUGAUUUAAACUUCUCAAAAAAAGACCUGACCCUAUCAGGAGCCAAUGCAGAAGUAAAACGCCCUGAUGUUGACCUGAAAAAGUCUUCUGCUGAAGUAGAAAUUGAGGCUCAAUAUCGGACAACACGUGACAUUGCAGCACAAAAUAUUGAUAUUGUGGUUCCUUCACUUGAUGUGAAAAUAACUGAAACAGAAGGUGUGGGAAAAGAAGGCAAGUUUAAAGUACCAAAGUUUGGAAUAUCAUUGCCAAAAGUACAAGGUCCUAAAAUUGAUGUAAGCUCUCCGAAGAAAGGUGUGGAUGUCAAAUUACCAGAUGCUACGGUCCAAUUUCCAGAAACUCCUGAAAUUGAUGUCAAACUUGGAAAAGUGGAUGUUUCUAUUCCAGAAGCUAAGAUUGAGGUUAAAAAACCUCAGCUGGAAUCAAAGACCUUGCAGUUUGAAGGUGAACUUGCUGGGCAAGAAAGCAAGUUCAAGAUGCCAAAGUUUGGAAUAUCAAUGCCUAAAGUGAAAGGACCUGAAUUUGACUUCAGCUUAUCAAAGAAAGAUGAAGACACCACACAACCAAAAGCCAAAGCAGAGGUUAUUCUCCCUGAUGUUAAACUUCAAGAACAUUCUGCUAAAGUGGAAAUUAAAACUCCUGGGAUUGAGGCUCAAUCAAGUAACAUAAAAGCAUCGCCUUCAAAAUUUAAAAUGCCCACAUUCAAAUUUCCCAAAUUUGGAGUAACAACUCCAAAUGUCAGCGCUGAGGUACCUGAUAUGGACAAAAAUAUCAAAAUUGAAGGAGCUGACUUACAAAUAUCAGUGCCAUCUACAGAUAUCGAUGUACCAAAAGUUGAAGCAGAGGUCAAGUUGCCAGAGGUGGAAGUAAAAGAUAGUUCAGAGUGGGCUGUAAAAGACGAUCAGCCAGGUGUUGAGUUCGAUAUAAAACUGAAAAAGCCAAAGUUUUCACUACCCAGUUUUUCAUUUUCAAAACAAAGUGUAAAGGCUCCAGAAGUUGAUGUCAGUCUUCAGAGUGUGAAUGUUGCAAUUCCAGAGGGAAAGGUUGAAGUGAAAGGAGGGGAAGUGGAUCUACAAUUACCAGAGGGGGAAGCAAAAGUUGACGGUGAAUGGAGCAAGUUUACAAUGCCAAAGUUUGGAUUCACAAUGCCUGAGGUAACAGGGCCUGAAAUAGAUUUUAGUUUAUCUAAGAAAGAUGGAAAUGUGACACUACCUGAAGCCAAAGCUGAAGUCCAAAUCCCUGACGUGGAACUGAAAAAACCUUCUGCUGAAUUGGAAAUUAAAGCUCCUGAGAUCAAGGUGGCGAAGAAGGAUACAGAAGGAUCACCAUCUAAGUAUAAGUUGCCCUCAUUUAAACUACCAAAAUUUGGAGUUGGAAUGCCAAGUGCCGUAGCAGAAGUACCUGAAGCCAACAAAGACCUAAAAAUUGAUGGAGCAGACAUUAAAAUUCCUGAAGAAGUUCUCACCGUUGACAUUGAGGGCUCAUCAAUAGAUAUGAAAAUGACAGGAAUAGAACAUGAAGGAAAAGCAGGGAAGUUUAAAAUGCCAAAGUUUGGCAUAACAAUGCCUAAAGUAACAGGGCCUGAAAUUGAUAUAAAUCUAUCAAAGAAGGACAUAGAUGUGACACUCCCUGAAGCUAAAGCUGAAGUCAAAAUACCCGAAGUUGAACUGCAAAAACCCUCUGCUGAAAUAGAAUUCAAAGCACCUGAGAUCAAAAUUCAACCAAAAGAUAAAGACGGCUCACCAUCAAAAUUUAAGAUGCCUACUUUUAAGCUACCAAAAUUUGGAGUCAGUAUCCCAAGCGCCACUGUAGAACUGCCUGAAACUAACAAGGACCACAAAAUUGAUGGCGCUGAUAUAAAGAUUUCUGGAGACGUUCCCCAAGUUGAUAUUGCAGCCCCCAGUAUUGACAUUGAGGGCCCAUCCAUAGAGAUGCAAACUUCAGGUACUGAACAUGUAGGAAAAGGAAGCAAGUUUAAAAUGCCAACUCUAGGUUUCAAUGUGCCUCAGGUUAAACGACCUGAUAUUGAUUUAAGCUUGUCAAAGAAAGAUGUGAAUGUGACACUUCCAGAGGUCAAAGCCGAAGUCAAACUCCCUGAUGUUAAAAUGAAUGCGCCCUCUGCUGAAUUGGACAUUAAAGAUCCUGAAAUCAAAGUGGCAAUGAAGAACACAGUAGGAUCACCAACAAAAUUUAAGAUGCCAACAUUCAAAUUACCAAAAUUUGGAGUUAGCAUGCCAAGUGCCACUGUGGAAGUGCCUGACACUAACAAAGACGUAAAAAUCGAUGGAGGAGAAAUAAGAUUUCCUGAAGAGGUUCUCACAGUUGCAGCACCCAACAUUGACAUUGAAGGCCCUGCAAUAGACGUAAAAUCUAUAGGAACAGAACAAGAAGUGAAAGGGAGCAAGUUUAAAAUGCCAAAGUUUGGAAUAACAAUGCCUAACGUAACAGGGCCUGAAAUUGAUUUAAGUUUAUCCACGAAAAAUGUAGACUUGACACUACCAGAAGCCACGGCUGAAGUCAAACUCCCUGAUGUUGAACUGCAAAAACCCUCUGCUGAAAUAGAAUUUAAAUCACCUGAGAUCAAAGUUCAAACAAAAGAUAAAGAAGGCUCACCAUCAAAAUUUAAGAUGCCAACAUUUAAACUACCAAAAUUUGGAAUGGGUUCUCCAAGUGCCCAUGUAGAACUGCCUGAAACUGACAAAGAACUCAAAAUUGAUGGGGCUGAUAUGAAAAUACCUGAAGAGGUUCUCCAAGUCGUUAUUGCAACACCCAGCAUUGACAUUGAGGGCCCAUCCAUAGAGAUCAAAUCUACAGGAACUGAACAUGUAGGAAAAGGAAGCAAGUUCAAAAUGCCAAGUCUAGGUUUCAAUGUGCCUCAAGUUAAACGACCUGAUAUUGAUUUAAGCUUGUCUAAGAAAGAUGUGAAUGUGACACUUCCAGAGGUCAAAGCCGAAGUCAAACUCCCUGAUGUUGAAAUGAAAGAGCCUUCAGCUGAAUUUGACAUUAAAGAUCCUGAAAUCAAAGUGGCAAUGAAGAACAAAGAAGGCUCACCAUCAAAGUAUAAGAUGCCCACAUUCAAACUACCAAAAUUUGGAGUCAGUAUGCCAAGUGCCACUGUGGAAGUGCCUGAAACUAACAAAAAUCUCAAAAUUGAUGGAGCUGACAUGAGUAUUACUGAAGAAGAUCUCAACAUCAACAUUGCUGCACCGAGCAUUGACAUUGAGGGUCCAUCCAUAGAGAUGAAAACUACAGGAACUGAACAUCCAGAAAAAGGAAGCAAGUUUAAAAUGCCGAAGCUAGGAGUAUCAAUGCCUAAAGUAAAAGGGCCGGAUAUUGAUAUAAAUCUAUCAAAGAAAGACGUAGAUGUGACACUCCCUGAAGCUAAAGCUGAAGUGAAACUUCCUGAAGUGGAACUGCAAAAACCCUCCGCUGAAGUAGAAUUUAAAUCACCUGAGAAGAAACUUCAAACAAAAGACAAAGAAGGCUCACCAUCAAAAUUUAAGAUGCCCACAUUCAAACUACCAAAAUUUGGAGUCAGUAUGCCAAGUGUCACUGUGGAAGUGCCUGAAACUAACAAAGAUCUCAAAAUUGAUGGAGCUGACAUGGAUAUUCCUGAAGAUCUCAAAAUCAACAUUGCUGCACCGAGCAUUGACAUUGAGGGUCGAUCCAUAGAGAUGAAAACUACAGGAACUGAACAUCCAGAAAAAGGAAGCAAGUUUAAAAUGCCGAAGCUAGGAGUAUCAAUGCCUAAAGUAAAAGGGCCGGAUAUUGAUAUAAAUCUAUCAAAGAAAGAUGUAGAUGUGACGCUCCCUGAAGCUAAAGCUGAAGUCAAACUCCCUGAUGUUGAACUGCAAAAACCCUCCGCUGAAGUAGAAUUUAAAUCACCUGAGAUCAAACUUCAAACAAAAGACAAAGAAGGCUCACCAUCAAAAUUUAAGAUGCCCACAUUCAAACUACCAAAAUUUGGAGUCAGUAUGCCAAGUGCCACUGUGGAAGUGCCUGAAACUAACAAAGAUCUCAAAAUUGAUGGAGCUGACAUGAAUAUUCCGGAUGAAGAUCUCAAAAUCAACAUUGCUGCACCGAGCAUUGACAUUGAGGGUCCAUCCAUAGAGAUGAAAACUACAGGAACUGAACAUCCAGAAAAAGGAAGCAAGUUUAAAAUGCCGAAGCUAGGAGUAUCAAUGCCUAAAGUAAAAGGGCCGGAUAUUGAUAUAAAUCUAUCAAAGAAAGACGUAGAUGUGACACUCCCUGAAGCUAAAGCUGAAGUCAAACUCCCUGACGUGGAAGUGAAAAAACCUUCUGCUGAAUUGGAAAUCAAAGCUCCUGAGAUCAAGGUGGUGAAGAAGGAUACAGAAAUAUCACCAUCUAAGUAUAAGUUGCCCUCAUUUAAACUACCAAAAUUUGGAGUUGGAAUGCCAAGUGCCGUUGCAGAAGUACCUGAAACCAACAAAGACCUAAAAAUUGAUGGACCAGACAUUACAAUUCCUGAAGAAGUUCUCACCGUUGACAUUGAGGGCUCAUCAAUAGAUAUGAAAAUGACAGGAAUAGAACAUGAAGGAAAAGCAGGGAAGUUUAAAAUGCCAAAGUUUGGCAUAACAAUGCCUAAAGUAACAGGGCCUGAAAUUGAUAUAAAUUUAUCAAAGAAGGACAUAGAUGUGACACUCCCUGAAGCUAAAGCUGAAGUCAAACUCCCUGACGUGGAAGUGAAAAAACCUUCUGCUGAAUUGGAAAUCAAAGCUCCUGAGAUCAAGGUGGUGAAGAAGGAUACAGAAGGAUCACCAUCUAAGUAUAAGUUGCCCUCAUUUAAACUACCAAAAUUUGGAGUUGGAAUGCCAAGUGCCGUUGCAGAAGUACCUGAAGCCAACAAAGACCUAAAAAUUGAUGGACCAGACAUUACAAUUCCUGAAGAAGUUCUCACCGUUGACAUUGAGGGCUCAUCAAUAGAUAUGAAAAUGAUAGGAAUAGAACAUGAAGGAAAAGCAGGCAAGUUUAAAAUGCCAAAGUUUGGCAUAACAAUGCCUAAAGUAACAGGGCCUGAAAUUGAUAUAAAUCUAUCAAAGAAGGACAUAGAUGUGACACUCCCUGAAGCUAAAGCGGAAGUCAAACUACCCGAAGUUGUACUACAAAAACCCUCUGCUGAAGUAGAAUUCAAAGCACCUGAGAUCAAAGUUCAAACAAAGAAUAAAGAAGGCUCACCAUCAAAAUUUAAGAUGCCUACUUUUAAGCUACCAAAGUUUGGAGGCGGUAUUCCAAGUGCCAGUGUAGAACUGCCUGAAACUAAAAAAGACCUAAAAAUCGAUGGAGCUGAUAUAAAGAUUUCUGGAGACGUUCCCCAAGUUGAUAUUUCAGCCCCCCAUAUUGACAUUGAAGGUCCAUCAAAAGAUAUUAAAACCAAAGGAAUUGAACAUGAAGGAAAAGGGAGCAAGUUCAAAAUGCCAAGUCUAGGUUUUUCAGGGUCUCAUGUUCAACACCCUGAUAUUGAUUUAAGCUUGUCAAAGAAAGAUGUAGAUGUGACUCUACCAGAGGCCAGAGCUAAAGUUCAACUCUCUGGUGUCGAACUUAAAGAAUCUUCCGCCAAAGUGGAAGUGAUAACUCCACAAGUUGAUGUUCAGACAAGUAAUACUGAAGGAUCACCAACGAAAUUUAAAAUGCCAACAUUUAAAUUACCCAAAUUUGGAGCAAGUGCUGCACAGGUCAGUGUUGAAGUCCCUAACAUUGACAAAAACAUUAAAAUUGAUAAGGAAAAGCUGGAAGUAUCGAAAGAGGGAGUUACUGUGAAUGUCACAGGACCCAGUACAGACAUCGAAGGCCUAUCUGUGGAUCUGAAAGGUAAAGGAAGUGAAAUUGAAGGAACAGGAAGCAAGUUUAAACUGCCUAAUUUUGGCAUCUCCAUGCCCAAAGUUAAAGGGCCUGAAAUUGAUGUGAGUUUAUCAAACAGAGAUGUGAAUGUUACACUACCAGAGGCCAAAGCUGAAGUCAAACUGCCUGAAGUUGAAUUCAAGGAACCUAAAGAUGCUACCGCAGUGUCAGAUGCACCUACAGUUGAGGUUGAGGCCAAGACAAGGCGACCAAGUUGGACAUUUCCUAAGUUUUCAUUUUCAAGGACAGGUGCUAAAGCUCCUGAUGGUGAUAUCGAUUUUGAAACAGCCGAAGUUGAUGUUUCAUUAGAAGUUGCCAAAGAAGAUCCCUGUCCCCCAGAUGUUGAAGUCCAGGUACCUUCAGGGGCUAUCACAAUGGAAGAGCUCCCUGCGGUAGAAACUGAUGCAAACUUGAAAAAAAGUAGAUUUUCGCUACCUAGACUAUCUUUCUCAAAGUCAAGCAUUAAAGAACCUGGGGUCAGUGCUGAACUUCCACAGGUGGAUGUUUCUCUUUCAGCGGGAGAAGUGAUAAUCACACAACCUCAACUAGAAAGUAUAACUGAGCUUGAAACUAAAUAUGAUGGACAAGGAAGCAAGAUUAAACUGCCAACUUUUGGUAUCUCCAUGCCCAAAGUUAAAGGACCUGAAAUUGAUCUAAGUUUAUCAAACAUAGAUGCGAAUGUUACACUACCAGAGGCCAAAGCUGAAGUCAAACUGCCUGAAGUUGAAGUCAAGGAACAUAAAGAUGCUACCGCAGUACCAGAUGCACCUACAGUUGAGGUUGAGGCCAAGUCAAGGCAACCAAGUUGGACAUUUCCUAAGUUUUCAUUUUCAAGGACAGGUGCUAAAGCUCCUGAUGGUGAUAUCGAUUUUGAAACAGCCGAAGUUGAUGUUUCAUUAGAAGUUGCCAAAGAAGAUCCCUGUCCACCAGAUGUUGAAGUCCAGGUACCUUCAGGGGCUAUCACAAUGGAAGAGCUCCCUGCGGUAGAAACUGAUGUAAACUUGAAAAAAAGUAGAUUUUCGCUACCCAGACUAUCUUUCUCAAAGUCAAGCAUUAAAGAACCUGAGGUCAGUGCUGAACUUCCACAGGUGGAUGUUUCUCUUUCAGCGGGAGAAGUGAUAGUCACACAACCUCAACUAGAAAAUAUAACCAAGCUUGAAACUGAAUAUGAUGGACAAGGAAGCAAGAUUAAACUGCCAAAGUUUGGCAUUGCACUACCAAAAGCAAAAGGACCUCAAGAAGAGUUAAAUGCGCCACAGAAAGAUGUAGGGAUUAAACUACCAGAAGUUAAAGUUCAGGUCAAACUUCCUGAAAUUGAAGUUAAGUCUGCAUCUAGUGUUGACAUGAAAGCAUCUGAGACUGAAGCCAAGGCUAAAGACAUUGGAGGAUCACCAUUAAAAUUGAAAGGUCCAAGUGUAGAGUUCAAGACAGAUGCUGAGACACCAACAACAGGAACUGAAAGUCCAGGCUCUCCUAGUAAAUUCAAACUACCGUCAUUUAAAAUGCCAAGGCUGAGCUUCUCAAAGCCCAAACCUGAAGACCAAUCUUUACCCGUUGAAGCUGAAUGUCUAGAAGAACAGCUGGAAAUUAAAAUCGAGCCGAAAGAAGAGAACAAAUCCCCCAAAAUGACUUUGACAUCAAUUGGUGAAAUGUUCCAGAAUUUUGAUGUGGAAUUUCAGGUUCCGAAAACAGACACCAUGGAAGGAAAUCUUGAAAACUCAAAGGAAGUCCACAAAGCAGAUGGACUCAGUGGAAAGUUAGAGGAAAAAGAAAAGGAAACACAUAUCAAGCAAGAUGCUACCAGAAGUCCUGAGAGGACAGGUUGGUUUAAAUUUCCUAGGUUUGGACUGUCCUCCCCAUCAGAACCUGCAAAGAGUCCUGAAAAAGACAAGAAGGAAAACAGCCCUGAAGGGGAAACAGUGGAUGACACAAUAAGCCCUACCUGUUCUGUCCAGUCAUCAGACGCCUUUGCUGAUAUUAGCUCUGCAAUGACAAGUGAGCAUGUCGGCCUGUCCUUAUCUUCUCCAACCAAAGUAACUGUCAAAUACUCUGAUCCCAACACUGCUACAGGACUUGGAGAGGUGCACCGUAAUAUCAUCACUUCCACCACAAGGACUGAGCUGAUCUCCGUAGAGCCCAACUUGCCUGAGAAAAUUACCAUUCUGUCAUCUGGAGUUUCUUCAUCAUCUGAAGACACGCUCAGACUGGAAUCUGGAAAAAUACAUGUCAUUACAUCAAACAUAGAAGCAACCCCAGAAGCACAGCAUGCCAAGCUUCUGACUACCGUCCAAGUGCAAUCAGUCGGAGGCCUUCCUCUUAGAUCAGAGGGUAACGAAGCUGCAUCGUGGACUGUUGAAGAUUCACAAGGUGGCAAGAAAACAGUCUUUGAGAGACAUUUAGUAACAGAGACAUCAAGUGAAAGAAGUGAAAGCAAAGAAACAAUUGUUAUAACUAAACAAAUCACGCGCAUGUUAGACUCCGCUGAGCACAUCUCAGGCGAGACAGCUUCUUCCAUUCAACGACUUAGAGAGACUGUGCACUCGGAGAAAAUGAGGUUCUUUGACGAAGCUGAAAAAUGAAAUAGCUUGAUGUAAAUUGUGACUUAAGAUAUUAUCCCCAAAUGUCCAGGCUCAUUGGCCAGAUGGUUCUCAAUUUCACCGUCCAUCGUGGGACAUGGGAAA